AUGACCCAGCCUAUUCCUUCAUCGUCGAGCAGAAAACGGGCGCUUUCUGAUGCUCCUGCUCAAAAUGAUUCGCGUCCGAAGAAGAAACGCGUCGAUGGCGGGGCCGACGCGGCCACCAUGCACUCAAGUACGGCUUCUAGUCGGGACAAGAAGAAACGAAGGAAGAAGAAGCGCAGAUUGUCAAUAACUGCUCAUGGGGAAGAGGCCUCUGUCGUCGCAGAAACGGCGCAAAGCUCUACCAGCCGUACAUCUCCCGCUGCUGCCCACGCGUCCAGUGAAUCUACCCCUGAUUCUGGAAGAUAUGCGAACUCACGUCGUACAUUCAUACAUGGUCGCAGGCAGCUGCCUCUGUCUGCGAAAGUGAAGGGGAAACGGAAAGCUGCACUUGGAUCAACGUCGCAGCCACCUCAAUUAGUAACCACCGAUACCACAGUCGAAGAAGAAGAAAAGGCCAAAGAUGCCACAAUGUCUGAACCAGGUCGAUCAACCCAGGUCGCAACGGACGGGUCUGCCGCCAUCAUCGCCCAACUCGGCAGAGAACUUGAAGAAAGCAAGAAGCUCCUUUCAGUCCAUAAGAACACCCUCGCUUCCCUCACGAACUCUCUCACUUGUCAAAUAUGUGUCGAUCUCAUGCAUAAACCCUACCUGCUUACUCCGGACGGCGGGGGUAAUACUGUUCCCCCAGGUCUCGACAUCCCACUUCCUGGAACAGCUGAACCGAAUCCUUCACAGACCAAUCCUUUACCGCCUCGCAGAUUGGAUUACAUCCGACGACCAAAAACAUGUCCCCAUUGUCGAGCUCGCAUCCUUUCUCGGCCCGUAGAGGUGUAUGGGGUUAAGGCAAUGGUCAACACUCUCGCGCACUCCGGUCUUGUCAGUGGAUUUUCCGCGUCACCAGACGACGAUGGGAACGUGAAUCGAUCCGAGGCAAAUACGCUCGGAGAUGGUGCCUCAUCAUCGCCCAACUUACGGACGAACAAAGAUCCUUGGGCUGGGAUAUUCCCACCAGUCCAUAGCGUGCAUGGAGGGGGACUGCUGAGUGCCUUAGCAGACCUUCCCUUCUAUAAUGGUGGCCGCUGGCCUCGCCCCCAUGUGACUCUUGUCAACGGCACUACCAACGAAGGGAAUCAACGCGGUGCUCCCAGCGUUCCCCUGGAGACUCUCGACACACACGGCUUUCACGAUAGGGAAGACGGCGUAUACAGAUGCGUAGCUUGUAUGCACGAGAUAUGGGAUGGCGUCUGUUCGAACGAAGCCUGUGGUAGAACAUACGCAGGACACGACAUCGACGAUGAGUCUGACCAGGACCAUUGGCUUGGCGGUGUCGAUGUUGACGAUGACUCCGAGUCCGAGGAAGGGAACCGCAUUUUUGAUGACAUACUUCGGGCUCAAUUAGGCCUCGAUGAUGAUGCGGACGAAGAUAGCCUAUAUGCAGAUUUCACUGAAGACGAGAGGGAUCUGGUAGGUCCCCUCGAUGGAGCCGUAGCCCAUUUUGGCCAGCCGCCCUCCGAUGCAGGACAUCCACAGUAUCGUAAUGGGUAUCGAGUAGGCCGCGAUAAUGGUUACAACGAAGGAUAUGACGAAGGAUUCGAAGAAGGUCUUGUAGAGGGACGGUAUGAAGGUGGAAGUAGAUCCCGUGUCCGCAUUCCUCUAAAUGAUGAAGACGAGGAGGACGAGGAUGACGACGAUGGCUACGAAGGAAGCUUCAUCGACGACGACGACGUAGGGGGCAUGGUUUUACCUCUUGGCGCUAGGCUCAGUCCGUGGGUUGAUGAAGAUGUAGAUAUAGACGAUGACUCCGGAUCAGAUCAGGUCAGAAGGUCAACUUCAAGUCGAAGGAACGUACUGGUUAGUGAGGAAGAAGAUGAGGAGGACGAUGAAGAAGACGAAGCCGACAUCUUCCCUAUCAUUCAACCAGGUAGACCUAGAAGGUUGGCCGUCUUGCCCUCCAGUGACUCCGACUCUUAG